GAUCGAUCCGAUCCGCCGCGGCGCGUAGGAAACCAUCCUCCCCCCGCGCCUCGUGCCAUGGCCGUGCACGCGCAGUACCACGCCCACGCCUUCCCACAUGACCUCCGCGCCAUCCCCAGCUGCCCAGCGCUGGACAACGCCACGAGCGCGUCGGCGUUCCUCGUCGCCGACGCCGACCCCGCACCCGCGGCUGGCGGCAACACGGCGCUCAGCGGCCUCACCCGCAACGGCAACAGCCACGGCAGAGGUUGCCUCGGCGGCGCAAGGAAGCGCGCUCGUGUGACUAUGGACCUGCAACUGCAAGGCCAGCGCGCUCUGCUGCCCCCGGUGCCGCAGGCGUUGGCGUCCGCGGGGGGCGUGCAGAGCAGGGCGCUCUGCUCUGGCUCCGCGUCCACCAGCCAGCGACCGGCUAGCGCCGCGCCAGUGUCGCAGGGCCUCCUCCCGCACAUCUACCGCCACAGCGUCGAGAUCGACCUGCUUCUCCGCGUCGAGACUGAGCGGCUGCAGGCAGGGCUCCAGGACGCGCGGCGCCGGCACGCCCGCGCCGUGCUGUCCGCGGUGGGACGCGGCGCGGCGCGGCGCCUGAGGGCGGCGGAGGCCGGGCUGGAGCGCGCGCUGGCGCGCAACGCGGAGCUCGACGACAGGCUCCGGCAGACGGUGGCCGAGGGGCAGGCGUGGCAGGGCGUCGCCGCGGGGCUACGCGCCACGCUCGACAGCCUCACGCAGGCGCAGGCGCCAUGCGCUGGCGAGGGCGACGUCGAGGACGCGCAGUCGUGCUGCUUCGACCUGGUGGAGCAGGAACAGGGAGCCGACGAGGCGUCCGGCGGGCGGACGAGGGCGUGCAGGUCGUGCGGCGACGCGGAGGCGUGCGUGCUGCUGCUGCCGUGCCGGCACCUGUGCCUGUGCCGCGGGUGCGAGGCGGCGGCUGGCGAGGCGUGCCCCGUGUGCGCGGCCACCAAGAACGGCUCGCUCCACGUCCUCCUCUCCUGAUUCAUUCAUCCAUGGCCCGUGCCACCGCGUUCGCUUCGAAUUGAAGGAGGCAUCACGAAACGAGAACCAAGUGGAAGAGGUGGUGGAGGACAUCCAUGGGCCCGAUAGAAAUGACGCGCGAAAAUCAUUCUGCUGACCGCCCUGCUGGAGGUUACUGUGCAAUUGUUUGGGAGAUCUAAUGCUUACACUUCACAGACAGAGAGCCACGAUGAGGCGCUCAAGCAGACCAGGAAGGGCACAUGAAGCGCGCGCGCAAUGGAUGUGAGCUUGAUCUUUACGAGUACAAUUUUGUUCCUGAGCUUAUGAGAUGGACCGACCGUCGGUGAC